AUGGCUCCCAACAACUCAUCGCCUCCCAGAAGCCUCGGUCCCAGUCCUAGUCCCAGUCCUAGUCCCAGUCCUAGUCCAUCACCAGCUCAAUCUCCAACCGAAAAUGAAACUCCUCAGCUCUCCCGUCCAACCUCCACAAAACUUCGCUUUCUCGCCCAAGCUCCACCGCUCAGAACAACAACCACCUCAGCAGCCCCGUCCGAGUACGGAAGCAGACGCAGCUCUUACAUAGCGCCUAUUGACCAGAUUCUCCCAGACGACCACACUGAUCCCGAAACAUUUGGCGUGGUGGAGGAUCGAGAUGGCUUCUUUGACGCGCUGUUCCUAAAGCACACGCCGUUGGUGCCGGAUGGAUUCGAAGAGCGCUCCAGGGCCUCGCUGCCCGCUGCUUUUGACGAAGAUUCACCAUUCGCCGCUCGACGGUUCUUACCAAGACAGUUUCGUGAGUUCAAGCUGGUGCUCCAAAGUAUUGCAACGACUCGAACCGGCCUUCGUCUCGUGAGGUCCUUUACCGCCUAUUUCGCAGCUUACAUCCUAUGUCUGAUCCCGGCUGUAAGAGAAUGGCUCGGCCGCUACCACUACAUCAUCGCCGUGUCUGUCAUACUGAAUCAUCCGGCCAGGACACUCGGUGCUCAGGUAGAAGGCGCCGUAUUUACCACCAUUGGCACAGCAGCCGGCGUAGGAUGGGGAGUUCUCGGUCUCUUACUAUCCACGUCGACUUCCGCCGCCAGUGCCGGCUACGGUGGCGUUUUGGCUCUUUUUCUAGCAUGGUUCAUGGCAAUUGUAGCAUGGAUACGCUCUUACUACUCCAGGUUCUACCAAAUGGUUGUCUGCGCAGGCGUUGCCAUUACGUUUACUCUUCUCGCUCAGACUUCCGGCAACGCCAUCGCAUGGGAAAAGUUGAGAGACUACGUCGUUCCUUGGCUCCUGGGACAGGCAAUUGCGCUCCUCGUCAACUGUCUCAUCUUUCCUGACGCCGGUGCCAGGCCACUCGCUCUCAUCUUCCACCAAUCAUUUUCUCUUAUGCUGGAAGCUAUAGCCAUUCCAUGCCCACGAAAUACUAGGCUUAGACGGCGCCUAGUUCGAGCUUUCGUAGACUUAUCCGCCACAUAUAAAGACAUGCGAUCCACUCUCACCAUAACACGCUUCAAGCCAGCCGACGUAAGAGAAUUGCGAAAUCUCAUGCAAGCAGUCAUUCGCGCCUUACUCGCCAUGCAAACAGAGAGCGCACUUUUCAGCGAAGCCGACGACGGACAUGUUCCAAUAGUCGCCGAGGCCACUCAGAUGUCCUCCUCAUCCUCUAGCAGCAACAAUGUCAACAAUAUCACCAGCGAAAAGCCCCCCGGUGUGAUAAACGAGGUUGAUGUAACCCGCAUCGUGAUUAAGAAGUUGGCAAAGCCAACCAAAGAGAUACUCGCCUGCAUGAACCAAGGCCUACAGGCGAGCCAGGCAGCACUGAUGGACCUCUCAGGCUACCGACAAUAUCUCGGUCCUCCGAAAGACGUAUCAUCCGAAAUCGCACCCGCGCAAAUCCGAAUGAAAGCCGCAAAAACAAUCUUCGACGCCGUGGAAUCAGAGCUGCUGGAAUCAGGCCAACUCCCCCCUGCAUCAAUGGACGAUUCAGCCGUAGUCCAACUCUUCAUCUUCGCACGCCAUCUCCGCGAAACAGCCACCACAAUUGAAAACCUCAUGGGAAAAGUGUGUUCCAUGCGUCAAGCCUCAAACUGGCCCAAAAUCCACCCACCAUCCUAUCCGCUUCGCAAAGCCAUCCACUUCGUCAACCCUCAAGUCACUCACGACCGCGGAGGCGCCACAGCUGGCUCAUACCACAUAACAUUCCUCGAAAUCGCUCGUGCUUUAGAAUCGAUAAAGUGCCGAGAAUACAAACCCUUGGAAAAGUAUGACGAUGGCGUCUCCGAAACUGAGCUAAGAGCCGAGUUGUCCCAUUUGACAGAUCCAGGCCCCCCGCCUGACAUGGACACAAAGAAGAACAAGCUCAGCUACAGAAUCUGGAAGAUCUUGCAUCUCUUGCAAGGCUAUGAAAGCCGAUAUGCCUUCAAAGUCGUUCUCGUCACGUCUCUUCUCGCAGUUCCCUCAUAUCUCAGCUGGGACAAGGUCUGGUGGGACGACUACGAAGCUUGGUGGGCAGUCACCAUGAGCUGGCUCUUAAUCCAUGCUCGCGUAGGCGGCAACAUUCAAGAUCUAUUCACGAGAGCCGUUCUAGUCAUUCUCGGCGCCGUAUGGGGUGGCGCUGCACAUGCCGCUGGAGACGGCAGCCCCUACGUCGUUGCAGUUUUUGCAGCUAUUUUCAUGAUCCCUAUGUUAUAUCGAUUUACUCUUAGCUGCCAUCCGAGAUCUGGCCUCGCGGGAUGUUUAUCCUUUACGGUCAUUUCGCUGCAACUCCAAGCCGGUGGGCUACCAUCAUCACCAGCUCGAACCACCACACUAAGGGGCGUCAUAUUCCUCAUUGGCACAACUGCGCCCAUCGUGGUCAACUGGUGCCUGUGGCCCUUUGUCGCGAGGCAUGAGCUGAGGAAAUCAUUAUCUUCAAUGCUCUUCUUUCUAAGCAUCGUAUACCGAAACGUUGUUGCAAAAUACAUUUAUUUCGAAGAAGGCAAAGAGCCCACCCCCGAAGACAUCGUCCAAUCCGAAAUCCUCGAAGGACGCAUCAGAGAAGGCUUCGUCAGGAUCAGACAACUUCUCGUCAUGACACGCCACGAAGUUCGCCUCCGCGGCCCCUUCAACCCCCUCCCCUAUUCCGGCCUCGCUGAUUCCUGCGAACGCUUCUUCGAUUAUCUCAUCGCCGUCCGACAAUCCGCCGUAUUCUACAAUCCAGACUACAUCCGCGACGAUCCAGUCGCAGCUCAGCGCCUAUUAGGCUUCAGGCGAGACGCUGUGGCAUCGAUUCUCGCCAAUUUAUAUGUCUUCGCCGGCGCGUUAAGAGCAGACCGCAAAGUACCCCGCUACCUCCCCAGCGCCGCCGCAGCCCGUCGCAGGCUCCUCGUAGAAACAGCAGCCGUGGAAGACUCCAUGGCGAAUCACAGCGAAGUAAACGACGUCAGAUGGCACAAGAAAUGGAUUGACAUAUACAGCUACUCGUACAACGAGAGUCUCACUGGGUGUGUCGCGCAGCUAGAAGAAUUGGAAAAGUUUACCAAGCUUAUUGUGGGCGAACAAGGGUUUGAUAAUGAAUGGACAAUACUAGAGCCAUAUGAGGACGAUGACGAUGAGGACGAAGAUGAAGAUGACGAAGAGCACGACCAUCAUGAAAAUGAAGAUGAAACCAGCGUUGCCGAACGACACUAA